UUGAAUUUUCGGAAUUGAAGGUAACCAACCAUAGCGUAAUAGUAAAACCUGAGACCUACCAGUAUGGAGACGCUAGAGCCUCGUUGGCUGCUUUGCAACAAUAAUAACUGAUGUGAGUGCUAGUUCCAAACCAUAAAGGGAUAGUGUUGAGUUAAGGCUAUGCGUGUAUGGGGUCAUCUAUGCAUCUCCACGCGACGUUUUCUCUCUACAAACACGCUAGAAGCUGUCUCCUCCCUAUCCCUUGAAGAAUUCACAAACCUCUGUUCUAAGGGACUUCUAAAAGAAGCUCUUAAGAGCUAUAAAUCUGAGAUAUGGAAAAAUCCACUUCUCUUCUCUUACCUUCUCCAAUCAUGCAUUCCUCAAAAGUCAUUGCUUGUGGGAAAACAACUCCAUUCUUUGGUAAUUACUUCUGGGUAUUUCAGAGACAAAUUUGUGCGAAAUCACCUCCUAAAUAUGUACUCCAAGAUUGGACAACUACAAACGGCUCUUUCGUUGUUCGACUCUAUGCCCAAGAAAAAUAUCAUGUCUUGUAACAUUUUGAUUAAUGGGUAUGUAAAGAGUGGAGAUUUGGAGGGUGCCCGUAAAGUGUUUGACGAAAUGCCCGAGAGAAAUGUUGCGACCUGGAAUGCUAUGGUCGCUGCCACGACCCAGUUUGAGUAUAAUGAAGAGGCUUUGGAUUUGCUUAGGGAAAUGUAUGAUUUGGGAUUUUCCCCAGAUGAGUUCACCCUUGGCAGUCUUCUUAGGGGUUGUGCAGGGUUGAGAGCUCUCUAUGCAGGAUGGCAGCUUCAUGCUUAUGUGAUGAAAUGUGGGUUUGAACUCAAUUUGGUUGUUGCGAGCUCCUUAGCCCAUAUGUAUAUGAAAAGUGGAAGUUUGGGAGACGGGGAGAAAAUUAUCAGAUCUAUGCCAAGUCGUAAUACUGUUGCUUGGAACACACUUAUUGCAGGGAAGGCUCAAAAUGGUUACUCUGAGGAAGUUCUGGAUCAGUAUAAUAUGAUGAGAAUGGCUGGUUUUAGACCGGAUAAAAUCACUUUUGUGAGUGUAAUUAGUUCAUGUUCAGAAUUGGCAACUCUUGGUCAAGGUCAGCAGAUUCAUGCUGAUUUGAUCAAAGCUGGUGCUAGUUCUGUUGUUGCAGUGAUUAGUUCGUUGAUUAGCAUGUAUUCAAAGUGCGGAUGUUUGGAAGAUUCUGUUAAAGUUUUUUUGGAAUGUAAAGAUGCUGACGUUGUAUUGUGGAGCUCCAUGAUUGCUGCUUAUGGUUUCCAUGGAAGAGGGAAGGACGCAAUCAAGCUGUUUCAGCAGAUGGAGCAGCAAGAUUUGGAGGCAAAUGAUGUUACUUUCUUGAGCUUACUUUACGCUUGUAGCCACUGUGGAUUGAAGGAUGAAGGGAUGAAAUUUUUUGAGUUGAUGGUGGAAAAGUACAGAGUGAAGCCUUGGUUAGAACAUUAUACUUGCGUGGUUGACCUACUUGGUAGGUCAGGGUGUUUGGAUGAGGCAGAGGCUAUGAUAAGAUCAAUGCCUGUAAAAGCAGAUGCUAUCAUUUGGAAGACUUUGUUAUCUGCAUGUAAACUUCACAAGAAUGCAGACAUGGCAAUAAGGGUUGCUAAAGAAGUUCUUAGCAUUGAUCCUCAGGAUUCAGCCUCUUAUGUACUUCUCGCUAACAUUCAUGCUUCUGCUAAGAGUUGGCAGUUUGUUUCGGAAGUGAGGAAAGCUAUGAGAGAUCGGAAGGUGAAGAAGGAACCAGGUAUAAGUUGGUUGGAAGUGAAGAAUCGGGUUCAUCAGUUCUGCAUGGGUUAUAAAUCCCAUCCGAGUUUAGGGGCAAUUGAUUUGUAUUUGAAAGAGUUAAUGGAAGAGAUGAAACUGCUUGGAUAUGUGCCUGAUACUGCCUCUGUUUUGCAUGAUAUGGACAAUGAAGAGAAAGAAUACAGUUUGGUCCAUCACAGUGAAAAACUGGCAAUUGCUUUUGCUCUAAUGAACACUCCACCAGGUUUGCCAAUAAGAAUAAUGAAGAACUUGCGAGUCUGCAGUGACUGUCAUGUGGCUAUCAAAUAUAUAUCUCAGAUAAAAAAGAGAGAAAUCAUUGUCCGAGAUACUAGUAGAUUUCACCAUUUCAAAAAUGGGAAAUGUUCUUGUGGAGAUUACUGGUAAGAGGAGAGGCUAAAUUGCCAUUACAGUUGAUGCAGUUACUUUGUCUUUCUGAUUCAAAUGAUAUUAACUUUUCCCCCCGAA